AUGACUACCUGCGUGACCCUUACCUCGAGCAUCCAUACCGCCGCCAUCCCCAGCAUAACCACCACGUUCACCUGCACGCCCACACUAGCGACUCUCGGCAUAACCAUGUUCCUCCUCGGCUUCGCCUCGGGUCCAAUGCUCUUUGCGCCGCUGUCUGAAACGCUGGGACGGCAGCUUGUAUUCCGAAUCACCAUGGGGUUGUUCGUCGUAUUCAAUGUUGGGUGCGCGGUCGGUAGCAACCUGGUCAUGCUGCUUGUGAUGAGGUUUCUGAGUGGAUUCUUCGGCAGUCCGGUUGUGACGAAUAGUGGGGGUUGUCUGGCGGAUGUUUGGUCACAAGAGGAGAGGAGUGUGCCGUUUGCUUUGUUUACCAUGGGGAGUAGCGUGGGGCCGGUGUUGGGACCUAUUGCUGGGGGUUUCAUUGCUCAGUACCUGGAGUGGAGGUGGCUGUAUUGGAUUGUGAGCAUCGUGUCUGGAAUCGUUUACGUGGCCAUGGUUUUCCUGCUACCGGAGACAUAUGCACCUGUUUUGCUGCAGAGGAAGAGGCGCAAACAUGGCGUCGGAUCCCCACGACGCUCGUUUAGAGAACAGUACGCGACAAACCUGACGCGGCCGUGGCUUAUGCUCUUCACGGAACCUAUAUUGUUGGUGCUAGGUCUGUAUUCAGCGUUCGUCUGGGGUAUAUUGUACCUCGAUUUCACCGCCUACCCCGUUGUCUUCCGACAAACACGUCACUGGAGUGAAGGCAUAUCCAAUCUGUCCCUCCUGGGCAUUGGAUCAGGUAUGGCUAUCGCAACGGCCGCGUCGCCGUGGAUAAAUGUCCUCCACGGAAUUUGGUGUAAGAAACUCGGUGGGCCGAAACCGGAAGCUCGACUUCCUCAUCUCGUCAUCAUCGCGUGGUUUAUCCCCAUCGCUCUAUUCUGGUUCGGUUGGACGGCAAACCCACCCACUCACUGGAUAGUUUGUAUUCUCGCCGGUGUGCCUUUUGGCACUGGUUUCGUGGCCCUGUUUCUGGGGACGAAUGCGUAUCUGACGGAUUGUUAUGGACGGUUUUCUGCGAGCGCGCUGGCUGCUAAUGCCGUUAUGAGGUCACUUUUCACGGCUGGGUUUCCGCUGUUUGCGCGGCAGAUGUACAUUGAAAUAGGGACGCCGUGGGCCAGUAGUAUAUUGGGGUUUGUUGCUCUGGCAAUGGCGCCUGUGCCGUGGUUGUUCUUUCGGUAUGGGCCGUGGAUUAGGGCGAGGUCAAAAUAUCACUUGUGGACUGUGGAGUUGGAGGAGGCAGAGAAGGAGAGAGUGUGA